AUCACACGUUUAGAGGCUGAUGUGGAAGAAUGAGGAAACUCCGAGGUCAGUAGUAGAUCGAGGCGGGCCGAUGAGAGGGAGACAUGGCCGUGGGAAGAGUCCUGCUGUUGAUGACAGCUUUAAUAUUCCCAGUUUUUGGAAAGCUACCUUCACCACAAAAUGUGAAAAUGCAUUCCAUCAAUUUCAAGAAUAUACUCCAAUGGAGUCCAGUUAUUUAUCACAAAGGCGGAGUACAUUAUUCGGUUGAAUAUCAAAGCUAUUAUGACAAUCAGUAUAAACAAGAGCCUCUGGAGAAAGGCUGCACCAACAUCAGCAGCACCAAAUGUGACUUGUCCAAUGAACUGACUAUCAUGGUUGGUUACUUUCUCCAAGUAAGAGCUGAAUAUAAAGAUGAGGCAUCUGAGUGGAGCAAUGCCACGGAGUUUGAGCCUUUUUCUGACACUGAAAUUGGACCUCCUUUGGCAGUGAUCGUGAAGCCAAGGUUGGAUAUGUUCGACAUCAACAUCUCUGAGCCUGUAAAUGAGAAUGACAAUAAAUCUAUGCGUGAAUAUUUUCCUGAAUUGGGUUAUCAAGUGUUCUACUGGGAAGAUGUAGAGAAAAAAAAGGUUGAAAGUACUUAUAUCCAGCAGAAGAUGACAACCCUCGCUAAUCUGAAACCUUGGACCACCUACUGCUUGAAAGUUAAACCUUUGUUGGAUAACAUGAUAACUCAUCCUAGUUCAGUUAUCUGUGAAACUACAAAGGACAAUGGUAGAAUUGCAGAGUGGAAGAUUUUUGUGGUUUUCCUUGCAUCAUUUUUCAUUGUCUUCCUUGUGAUCACUGGCAUUUUCUAUGUGUCCCUUCAUGGAUACCGAACCAUCAGAUACAUUUUUUUCCCUUCCUUCAACCUGCCCGAACACAUAAAGGAGUACCUGAAAGAGUCUUGGUUGAAUCCUCCAUUUCUGCCAGCACAGACAAAAAACCUGCCUGAAGAAUAUUUUGACCAAUUAAGUAUUAUUUCAGAUGCACAAGAAUAUUCUGACAAGACAGAGGUUGACAUAAGUACAAGACUGAAUAUGCUUAAGAUUUACUCCACAGAGGAAGAAGGUGAAAACAAAAAGAUACAGGCACAAAGUAGUAACACCAAUUUUUAUGCAAGAAUAUAAACACUACCAAACAGUGCUAUGUGAGUCAAAGCUGGAGAAGUAUUUGAAAGAGACGGCACUGACUUAUUAUCCUCUAUUGCCUGGUAUAUUAAGAAUACAUAGUAUGAAUCUCUGUUUCAAACAAAACUAGAAUGU